AUGAUAGCCGGCUCCCGGGCCAAGGUAACCGAUUUCGGGAUGUCCAAACUUGCCAGCGUAGACCCCCGCAUGACACCCCUCACCCAGUGCCCCGGGAACAUGCUGUACAUGUCUCCCGAGGCCCUGAGUGAAGAGCCCACCUACACCAAGAAUCUCGACAUAUUUUCCCUGGGUGUACUGGUGGUUCAAAUUCUCACUCGAGAAUUCCCAGACCCCACAGCCCGAUUCGAGAAGGUCGACAUGUCUCACGACCCCAAGUUAAGCUGCAAAACGGUCCAGGUCGCGGUUCCUGAAGUAGAGAGACGCAGCAAUCACCUCAGCCUGAUCAAUGACGGUAACCCCCUGAAAACCCUGGCCCUCGAGUGCCUCAGGGACGCAGAAAAAUCCCGCCCGACUGCCCAGGAGCUGAACGUGACUCUCGGGGAAAUGAAGCAGUCGGAGCAGUACAAGGAGAGUGUCAAGCUCUGGAGCGACGAGGUAGAGACGAGCGCAAAAGGCAGCGGGGUGAGCAGAGCGAGGCUCACUUCCCUGAGACUCCAGGUCCAAGAUCUGAAGCAGAGGGAGAUGAAGCAGCAGCAGAAACUGAGCCUACAGCAGCUGGGGUACGAGACGGCUCAGAGAAAGGCGCUACAGGACGCGCAGAUGGACGUUCAGCGGCUGCAGGGAGCGCUCAAGGAGAAAGAGAGACAGUUGCAGGAGGUGGGUUCGUGCUUGGAGAGGGAGAAAAUACUGAAAGCAGUGGUCGAGGCGAAGGACGCAGAAUUGAGAAAGAUUCAGCAGAAGUUUGUGGAAGUUCAACACACCGAGAUGAGGCUGCGCUCGCAGAUUGAAGCUAAGGACCGAGAACUGUACAAAUGUCGAGAGGAACUUCAGGCAAAGAAUCAAGAAAAUCUUGACCUGCGGCAAAGGAUUUCUACUCACCCUCCAUCUACACUAAGUUUUCAAAAACCCGGUUUACCUGUAGAAAAGCCCGUACCAACUCCUCGUAACGCUCACAUUGCCUUACGACUGGAGAGAAAAAUCCCAUCACCUUACUCACUGAAACGGGGGUCUAUGGCUGUGUACAAGAAAACUGCGUUCAUAACGUCAGAAGGCUCGAACAAGGUCUACCAGAUAACCUUGGGAGUUGACCGGUGGAACGUGCUACCCGAUCACAACCACUUCAGCUUCGGAUUGGCCGUUUUCGAUGGGGGGUUCGUCACCAGCGUUGGUGGGUGGAACGGAACGGCCUACUCCAACAAACUACUGACACUCAACCAGGAUAGGAGGUGGGUGGAGAGCUACCCCGCUAUGCCGACUGCACGGAUCGAGGCCUCCGUGGUAAGCGCCCAGAACGUCCUGGUGGUGACUGGGGGCUACAACGGCGUCCAACUAGACAUCGUGGAGGUGCUGACUCUCUACAACAAGCAGUGGGCUACUGCUCCUCGUCUCCCCCAGCCUUUCUACAUGGCCUCUGCAUUGGUGUGUGAUAACCAGCUCUACCUUGCCGGCGGGUACGUGGCUCCCGACGUGAAAUCAAAGUCGGUCCUCACGUGCUCCAUCGCCGAUCUCCUCCAUAGCCCCAGGAGUAGGUACCAGCAAGUGUGGACAGAGGCUGGAAAGCUACCCUACUACAAAUGCACCCUCGUGUCCCAGGGAGAGGUGCUGAUGGCUGUGGGAGGGAAGGGAGACAUGGGCGAAGCGAUGAGCGAUGUCCUCGUGUACGAACCUCACUCAGAGUCAUGGAGACGCGUGUCCAAUUUGGCCAUUGCACGUAACCAGUGCUUUGCCUUCAGUUUCUCUGGAGAUGUCCUCUAUCUGGUGUCUCGGGCGAGACGAGGCUUCCAGAGCCACAGGACCCUCCCCGUCAGGUACCGGGAGCAGCAGCUGAUGAAUCUGAAGCGACUCAUCGACGAUAACAUGGAGCGACUAUUGCAGGCUCUUCACAAGGACUUGCACAAGUGUGAGACGGAGGCGGUGUUAAUGGAGAUUGAUUUCAUCACAAAGGACAUUGUGUACAUGCUGGACAACCUCCUGGAGUGGAUGGCCCCAAAUCACAGACCUAGAGGACUGGCCAACAUUGGGCACAAGGAGUGUUACCCGGUGGUCACAGGUGGAGUCUCUGUGUCAAAGGCUGUUCUCAGAGAGCGCUACGACUACAUCUUCUACACUGGCAACUCUCAAGUUGGGAAAAUUGUGAUGGAGCAUGCAGCAAGAAAUCUCACGCCGGUCACUCUAGAGCUGGGCGGAAAAAGUCCGGCUAUCAUUGCCGAUGAUGCAGACCUCAAAGUGGCCGCCCAGCGAAUCAUGUGGGGCAAGUGCCUCAAUGCGGGGCAGACCUGCAUUGCCCCGGAUUACGUCCUGUGUCCGCCGGGGAAAGUGGACCAAUUCGUCGAGUACUGCAAGCAGGCCGCCACAAAGCGUGUGAUGGGUCUCCUGAGCAGGAGCAGGGGGCGGGUGGUGAUGGGAGGAGAGAGCGAAGUCUCCCAGCGCUACAUUGCCCCCACGGUCGUUGCCGGGGUGACGGCUGAGGACUCUCUCAUGGAGGAGGAGAUAUUUGGACCUGUCUUGCCCGUCAUCUCCGUGGACAGUGUGGAUGACGCCAUCGCAUUCGUCAACAAACUAGAGAAGCCGCUGUCUUUUUAUGUGUUUACGGCGAAUGGGGCGACGUUCAAGAGGAUUAAUCAGCUCACUAGUGCUGGGGGAGUGGUUCACAAUGAUGUCAUCAUGCACGCAUCCGUAAUUUCUCUGCCGUUUGGAGGAGUGGGCCACAGUGGGAUGGGUGUCUACCAUUUCCAGCACUCGUUUGAGACGUUCAGUCACAUCAAGCCAGUCGUGCAGACCAGCACUGGACUAGAGGCUCUCAACCAGAUGCUGCGUGUUCCACCAUACACCAAGACACAGCUGAAGCGAGUGAAGUGGUUGCUGGCACCGCCCAGGAAGCGCAGUCCGUGGCUGGGUCGUCUGUUUCUCCUCUGUCUCCUCGCCGUUCUGGGAGCUCUAUUAGCACGGAGGUUUGAGUGGAUGACAAGAUGGAUGUAAAAAUUCAAGAUACCAAACUCUUUUGUUUGUGUGUGUAUAAACGUGUCCAUUUUUACAAUUUUACCGCGCG